UCAGAAGCCGCGGCAGACUUAGUGUCGCAGAUAGCUGACGGCGCCCCAAGGCCCGUGAAGAGCGGCCGCAGUGGCGCAGGACGUCGAAGCGCGACUCUUGGCCGCGGAGAGUGAUUUGCUGGCUUGUAUCUCCGAGACGGAGGCUGUGGGCUGGACUGGCGUCGUCCGGAGGUCAGGAAGUCGCAGAUCUCUCCGUGGACGCCGUUCGGCUCAUCUCCGCACCAGCCUCCUUGGCGUCGGACCUCUCGGCCCAGCCCAGACCGGUCGCUGCCCCCCAGACAGAGGGGACUGGGGGAACUGGAGCGCUGCGACCUCCUCCGGGGUUUUCAUCCAGGAUGACUUCAAUAAUUAGAUCGGAGACGAUAGAAAUGCUAGAAGAGGAACCAGUGACAACUAAGACUCAUGAUCAUCCACUGGAAUCAGAUCCCAUCCCUGUGGAAGUGUGUAGCAAAUCACCUGCCUCCCUGGAGAUGGCUCAAGGCGUUUCAGAGGGAAGAAUUCACCUUGGCUCUAGCCCUAAAAUGGGGGGAAGUUGUGAUCUCGGCCACCAGGAAGGACUUCAGUCCAGGUCCCUUCAUUUGUCCCCCCAAGAACAAUCUCCCGAUCGUCAAGACAAGAGUCGAUCUUGGAGGCGAGCGAGUAUGAAAGAAAUGAGCCGGCGGAAGUCACUGCCUGCCUUUCAUCAGGGCAUCACAGAGCUCAGCAGAUCCAUCAGUGCCAACUUAACAGAAAGCAAACGGCUUGUUGCUCUCCUGCUUUCCAGUUUCCAGUUCUCUGUUCAGAAACUUGAACCUUUCCUAAAGGACACUGAGGGCUUCAGUCUUGAAAGUUUUAGAGCCAAAGCAUCUUCUCUUUCUGAAGAAUUGAAGCAUUUUGCAGAGAGCCUGGAAGGUAAUGGAACUCUACAAAAAUGUUUUGAAGAUUCAAAAGGAAAAUCAUCAGAUUUGUCUCUGGAAACAUCAGUGGCUGAAAUGAAGGAAUACAUAACAAAAUUUUCUUUGGAACGUCAGUCUUGGGAUCAGCUCUUGCAGUACUACCAGAAGGAGGCUGAAGAGAUCAUAUCCAGAGGAUCAGCUGAAACCAAAGUUACUGAAGUUGAAGUGGAACCUGCAACAUAUCUUGGAUCUUCCCAGAGUGAAGUCCUUAAUACAAAGCCUGACUACCAGAAGAUAUUGCAGAACCAAAACAAAGUCUUUGAUUAUAUGGAGUUGGUGAUGGAUGAACUGCAAGGGUCAGUGAGGCAGCUGCAUGCUUUUAUGGAUGAAAGUACCCAGUGUCUCCAGAAGGUGUCAGUACAGCUCGGGAAGAGAAGCACACAACAAUUAGACCCCUCUCCAGCUCGAAAACUGCUCAAGCUUCAGCUACAGAACCCACCUACCACACAUUGCUCUAAGUCUUGUCAGUGACUUCAUGUAGCUUUCCUGCACAAGGUGCUCCAGAGGAGAGAAAUGGGAAGAGUGCCCCAGCACAUGGCAACUGCGUGGCAGUCUGAGCUGGUGAUAGCUGCCUUUGUUGCCUUUGAGGAUAACGGGCUGAAUGUAGAGCCCUGCAGUUUUUUUUUUCCUAAAAGUGACAGAAUUUAUGAUUCUGAAAGAGUGUAGUAUAGAUGCUUUUUCCAAGAAUGUGCAAAAUGCUUGCAACUUCUAUUGUGGAAUGACCUUGAGAACUAGUAGCCCAUUCUUUUAAAUAUCCUUCAUGGUCAGUAAUCUUCAUCUUGUGAAGAUGUUUUUUAGGUUUUGAAACAAUCCAAAGUCAUUCAGGACCAAAUCCAGGGAAACAUUUUAGGGGUCAAGUUGGGUUCUGGUAGUAAAGGAAUGGGACUAAUUUUCUAGUGUGGCGCUGAAGGUGAUUUUUGGUAGAGGAGUUGUGAGCAUUGUUUGCAUCAUGUGGAUAAAUGUGUUACCACUUUACACGAUGUCCAGGUUGAAGGAAAUACCAUUCAUUCUCUGUCCUGUUCACAGUGUGCUUUAGGUUUUAAUAUUGAGUUGACAUCCUAACUCCUGGAUUCAUGGCAGGAGGGAGCUAAGUACUGUUUUUCAUUGUUCUCUAUUUUUAAUAAUUUGCAUUAUAAAAUUGCACAUUAUUAAAA